GAGACAAUGGAGGACAGCACAGAAGAAGACAUCGAGUCUCUGAUUGAGGGGAUGGCCUACAUCCCUGGCCACUUUCAUUUGGAGCUCAAUCUGAACGGUGAACCCAAUGGACCAGUCAGCCUUCGGCACCGGGACACCCAGCUUAAGCGCGAGAGCCUCAGGGCUGAGCUUGAAGCUGAGACGGGACGACUGCAGUACGCUGUGCGCAAUAUGAUGGGCCUGCUGGCCUUUCAUGUAGAUGAACUGGAGACGGCAGAAGAGGCCUUCCACAGCAUCUGCCAAGAGGAUCCAGAAAACCUUAAUGCUUGGGCCAACCUGGGUUACGUAUAUGAACGCCUAGGUCGUGAGCUGGAGGAGGGGGAGUGCGUGGAGUGUGUGGCUGCCCUUAUGGGCCCAGAGAUGGGGGAGAACCAGACAGACUGCAGGCUCAGGGUAGCACGGUGCUUGGCUGAACAGGCAUACGCACAUCCUCAUGAUGUGGAGCUGGAGAGGGACGAAGAUUUACAGGAGAAACUGACAUCCGCGCUGAUGUUAUACAACCGCGCACUCGAUAACGGAGAGGAACUGAUACCAAUAGAGGAAAAAAGAAGUUGGUAUUUCAAAAUGGCAACAAUUUACAUAAGGUUAGAUGGAAUUGUAAGGGAUUCAAAAGACAUUGACCUCACAAGACUGAACUAUUUCAAUAAGGGCCUCAAGCUUCUCACAGAGACUGUAAAAUCUGACAACACGCAUCUCAAAGCCCUGACCUGGUGUUACAUUGGUCUCAUGCUGGAGCGGACGGAGGAGUUCUCCACUGUGCCAAUGUCAGUUCAUGACUGUGGUUUCUCCGGAUCUGACCCUUUGACGUGUUACGGUUCGGCCAUUAAGCUCGCUACGGAUGAUGCAUUCACACUCAACAGACUAGCAAACGUGUUCUUCCUGUCAGGCAAACUAGAGAUGGCCACAGGUAUCUGUAACAUGGCCCUGAGUGUCCUGACUGAUGCAGAACUCAACUGGCAGGCUUACUGCACUCGGGCCAAGCUUAGUGUCACCACAUAUGCAAAGGAUCUUGAUAAAGCCAAGUGUGGCCAAGGUGGCAUCCCCGACCGUCAGAUUCUGAAAGAGGCCCAUGCUGAUCUGGAACGUGUUCUGGCUGUGCGACCCUGUUUGAGGACUCAUUUGGAAUUGGGUCAGGUUUACUACUACAUGGGUGUGGACGCUCUGCAGGAGAGCCUGUUGGUCGAUGAGAUGGCGAUAAACCAGGCCCUGGUCAGUCUAUCUAAAGCUCUGCAGUGUCCUCUGGGCUCUACAAUCUCUAAACUACAGCUCUUGCGGGGCCGCUGCUUGCUGCUGAAAGGAGAGGAGCAGAACGCCAUUGACUGUUUUAGGAAAGCGCUUGAACUGGAACCUCCCAGUGUCCAAGACACUGCAGUCCUGCGCUGCUUGCUACAGGCUAUUCUAGUGAGCUUCACCCAGAGUGGGAAUGACACGGGUCAAGUUAUAAUCCAACUAGAGGAAUGUUUAAAGCAGGCAGAAGAGCGAUACGGUGCAAACAUUGUUCAGAUUGAGUUGAAGGCACUGUGCCGAGCACACACAGAUGAGGUGACGGAGCUCUCAAAAGAUCUGGUGAGGAAGGGGAGGUUGGAAGUGGUUAGAAAGUUGCUGAAGAGCGUACAGCCACAAGGGAAAAAGUUCUCACUGGGAAGGUCCAUGUCUAUUUGAAAGAGUCUGUGGAAAAUGGGAAGGGACUCCAGAUAAUGUUCUUAUGGACAAUUAUGUGAUGUCCACGAGUUGUGCAUGUUAAGAAAGGAAUUUGACAAUAAUGUUGCACCUCAUUUCAAACUAGAGUUAUUGGUAAUGCUGAGUGAUGUUCUAAAAUUAUUACUAUGGUGUUAAAGUCCAAAAGGUUGUUUUGGAAUGUCUUUAUGGCAAUUCUUUCCUCCAGCACAUGCCACAAAGCAUGAACAGCCAGUUAAUGUGAAAUAAGAAAUAAGUGUUUAAACCUGGAGAUGGUCUAUGGGGUUCACAAGUCUCAGACCUCAUUGAAAAUCUGGGAUUUUAAAAAUAAUAAAAGAAAAACUCUUGAUUAAAAUAUUAAAUGCUAUACUAUUUCUGGAUCACUGAUAAAAUAAGCAAGUUUGUGAAAAUGAUCAUGUGAACCUCUUGGGAACAUUCUCAAAUCAUGCUGGACAACAUGAUCAAGUUUUACACAAAUAUGUGGUUCAUGCCAGCUGGAGUGCUGCUGUCAUUAAAGCAAAAGAGGAAUAUAAUAAAGUCCUCAUUUAAAUUAUGCUAAUGUCACUUGUAAUAAAAAAUGUCAUUAUAAAAAUCAUAAAAGCAUGGCUUAUUGGAACCAUAUGCCAUUUCAUUUUCAUCAUGAAUCCGUUUUUUAUUUAAAUGAUAGAUAGAGUUCUGCAUUAAACAGUAAACACUAAAUCAGUUCAGCACUAGUUAAUGUUGUCUAAAAGGCUCCAACAUCGCUGAGUCUAAUUUAUUUAAUCCAGAAACAGUUUUAAAGCAAUACUCCACCCAUAAAUGAGUUCUGUCAUCAUUUAUUCACUCUCAUGACAUUCCAAAACUGUAUGACUUGCUUUCUUUUGUGGAACAUAAGAG